AAAAAACCCAAAACUAUAUUCAUAUCCAAUUACAACUCUAAUUUUCAAAUACCAUUUUCAGUUUAAAAAAAUUUCACUUUUUUUGGAAUUUUACAAUUGUUAUGUCCAAACGCCCACUAAAUGUUUCAAUCUCUAAUCCCUAAUCCCCUAAUCAAUUCUUACUAAUUCACUUUAACACUUCUUCUCUUCUUUCACUCCCUUUUUCACACACACACACACACAGUGAAUAAUGGAAGAACAACUACCAGAACACAAACGCCGAAAAAUCCGAGAAGUUGUGUUGGACAUCCUUAAAACAGCUGACAUAGAAACAGCAACAGAGUACAGUGUUCGAACCACUGUAGCCCAGCAACUUGGUACUGAGAUUUUGAACAUACAAGAGAAGCAGUUUAUAAGGCAUGUUAUUGAGUCUUUUUUACUCUCAACAGUUGAAAACCCCACAUUGGAUAAUAAUAGAAGAAUCAGUACAGCAGAAAAAGGGGUUAAUACAGAUUUUGUAGCUGAAGAACAAUUGUCAGCAGACCACCCACCUACUCAACAUCAAGAAGCAGAUGGUUCAUUGCCUAAUGGGAAUUUGGUUGAUUCCAAUGAGAAUAAUUGUCGAACUAUUUGUAAGCUGUCAGACAAGAGGAGUGUCGGGAUUCUUGACAUUCACGGGAAGCCCUUUGUGGCAAUACGUGACUUUUAUGAAAAAGAUGGAAAGCUGGUUCCUUCUUCCAGAGGAAUUAAUUUGAGUGUUCAACAAUGGUCAUCAUUCAGGAGUAGCUUCCCAGCUAUUGUGGAAGCCAUUGCAACGAUGGAGUUGAAAAUAAGAUCGACAACUUGUGAAAAUCAGACUGCAGCAGACGUGGCUGCUCAAGGAAGAGAACAAAUUCAGACCAAUAUUUCCCAGUCAGUUAACCAUCAAGAGGGGAAGCUUUCUGCCGACAGAAACGAAAAUGGAGAUGAUGUCUCUAAUUCAGCAAUAAUUACUAACUCUCAGGUGCAGAUGCCUAUUGAGAGACAACAAACAGAAGCUGGUAUUUCUAAUUCCGCCCCUUGCUUCGCACCUCAGGGACAAAUACAACAGAGUUCUCGAACAACUUCUCUUGCCCACAGCCUUGUUCCUGUUAAGACUAUUCGUCUUGAUGGAAAAAAUUAUUAUUGCUGGAAACAUCAGGCAGAAUUUUUCCUAAAGCAAUUGAAUAUUGCAUAUGUGCUCAGUGAGCCUUGCCCGAACACUCUUGAAAACCGACAGAAAUGGGUUGAUGAUGACUACCUUUGUUGUCAUAACAUAUUAAACUCUCUAUCCGACAAACUGUUUGAAGAAUACUCAAAGAAGAACUACAGUGCCAAAGAACUGUGGGAAGAGCUUAGAUCAACUUAUGAUGAGGAUUUUGGAACGAAGAGUUCCGAAGUUAACAAAUAUUUGCAGUUCCUAAUGGUUGAUGGCAUAUCGAUUCUUGAGCAGGUUCAAGAGCUUCACAAGAUUGCUGAUUCUCUCAUGGCAUCAGGAAUCUGGAUAGACGAGAACUUCCAUAUUAGUGCUAUUAUAGCAAAACUUCCCCCCUCUUGGAAGGACUGUCGUACAAGGUUGAUGCAUGAAAAUGUUCCGUCUCUCGACAUGUUAAUGCAUCAUCUAAGAGUGGAAGACGAUUGUCGCAAUCGCUACAGAAAUGAUAAACAUGAGAAGAGAGUUGGAGCACGGAAAAAGGACCUGUCAAAGAAGCAGUGCUAUAAUUGUGGGAAGGAGGGGCACAUCUCAAAAUAUUGUACAGAAAGAAACUAUCAAGGCUGUGAGAAGAGCAACGGGAGGGAAAGCGAAACCAUUCCUGUUGUCACAGAAGCUAAGAUUAACGGGCAGUGCUAUAAUUGUGGCAAGGAGGGGCACAUCUCAAAAUAUUGUACAGAAAGAAACUAUCAAGUCCUUGAGAAUAGCAACGGGAAGGAAAGCGAAACCAUUCCUGUUACAGAAGCUAAGAUUAACGGGCAGUGCUAUAUUUGUGGCAAGGAGGGGCAUCUCAAAAAACUGUAGAGAAAGAAACUAUCAAGUUUCUGAGAAGAGCAAUGGGAGGGAAAGCGAAACCAUUCCUGUUAUCGCGGAGGCCAGGAUUAAUGGGAAGAGAGACGAACUUGUAGCGAUUGUUACUGGUGUUAAGAGCAAUGGGAAGGCCGAUAAAUCGUAACAGAUAUUGGGAUAGCUGAGGGACCUUAGAGGGAGCAGCCAGUUCAAUUUGCUUGGUUGCUUUUUUUUUCCCCCUUCUUUUCAUUUAGUGUAUUGUAUUGAGCUGUAGUCAAAUCUUGUUCAUACUCAAUGUGCUUCCUGUGAGGAUGUCAAAGAAUUGAAUCAUCUAACCUUGUUAAUAAGAGUUGGGUGCCUUAAUUUUGAAUGUCAUUACAUGUAAUUUCUAAUAGUAAUAUAUUAAGUAAUUUGAAAA